AUGCCACCCAUCAUCGCGGGGCGACACAAACGCAAAGUUCGAUUUCCAGCCGCUAACCUACCGCCUGCCAUCAUAUCGACACCAACCACAGCCCAGCAGAGACACACAGAGACCAAAUCCCCCUCUGAUCUAAAGCCUGGCAAGUCCAGCAAAUCCAAGCCGAUCACUGCCUCCGGAAUGGCCAGCCAAGAAGAGCCCCGUCCGGGGAUCCCAGCUUUGUUCACACAGCCGCCGCCUAUCCGCGACCCGCUCGUGACAGAGACCAUCCAGCUGCAGGACGCAACCCUGAACAAGUGUCUGACAUUUCUCAAGGGCCUCCAUAUUUCCCAACAGGGCACUCUCAAUGCAUCCGGGGUACCCGCCCUCCAGCGAGAUGGCCAUGCUGUCUUUCUCUUUGAGUCUCUGGAAGAAGAAUAUCCCGCUGGCUUCGUCGCUAUGGAUGCGAGUCGUCCCUGGAUGGUCUAUUGGGCACUAGCUGGAUUGACGUUGUUGGGCGAGGAUCCAACGCGUUUUCGGGAGCGGGUACUGGAAACACUUCGUCCCAUGCAGAAUCCCACCGGCGGCUUUGGUGGCGGGCAUGGCCAGAUAUCACAUCUUGCCGGAAGUUAUGCAGCCGUUCUCGCCCUCGCCCUAGUCGGAGGCGAGGAUGCCUUUGCAUUGGUCGAUCGUGAAGCAAUGUGGCGAUGGCUGGGCCGACUAAAGCAAUCUGAUGGAGGCUUCAGUGUUACGGAAGGCGGGGAAGAAGACGUGCGUGGUGCAUACUGUGCGGCAACCAUUAUCUCGCUGCUCGACCUACCCCUGACUCUGCCGCAUGAUGCAAACAAAGCCCGAGAGGCAGGUUUUAAGACGUUGACAGAUGGACUCGCUGAGUAUCUGUCGCGCUGUCAAUCAUUUGAAGGUGGCAUCUCCGGCAGUCCCGGAGUCGAGGCCCAUGGAGCAUACGCUUUCUGUGCCCUCGCCUGUUUGUCAAUCCUGGGACCCCCAGAAGAGACUAUCCCCAGACACAUGAACAUCCCUCUGCUACUGUCAUGGCUCUCUGCGCGACAGUACGCACCUGAAGGAGGCUUUUCCGGACGAACGAACAAACUAGUCGAUGGCUGCUACAGCCAUUGGGUUGGCGGAUGUUGGCCCUUGCUGCAGUCUGCUUUAGAUGGGAAGCCACAGUCCUCGGGUGCACCCCCAAGAACUGUUGGUAACUUGUACAGUCGGGAGGGACUGGAUCGAUACAUUCUCGGCUGCUGCCAAUCUCCUUCUGGCGGACUUCGAGAUAAACCGGGCAAGAGUCCAGAUUCCUAUCACACCUGCUACGUCCUAACCGGCUUGAGCGCAACCCAACACCACCACUACCGCACAAAUACCAGCAUCACAUCCAGCGACAAUUUCGCCUCAGCUUUCUCCUGGCAAUCCUCACCGGUCCGCACAGAUGAUAACGUGUACGACAAGGCAGACCGCCUCGUCGCUUUUCACCCGCUGUUCGUCAUUCCGCACCAGGCUGCCGCGAACAUGCGGCUCUGGUGUGAGGGUCAGCCUAUUGCGAUCUAG